AUGGGCGCAGCUAGAGAUCUGUGGUUGCGAUGGAAGAUGCUCAGGUUGCCGUGGAGGAAGAAGUUUUUGAUAGGUCAAGAUCUUCACGGGAACCUUUUCUGGGAGUUCAAAGACACUCUCAACCCUGGCCGAUGGCGCCGUAUGGUGCAGGCCAACCGCCGAACCCAUUUUGCGGACGUUCAAGUAUCGCCUCAAUGGCAUCAAUGGCUCCGACAAACCCGCCAGGAUCCCCCAAGUUUACAGGAACAAGCUGCAGACCUUCAAAGACAAGCCUUGUUAAAACAUAAUGCUCGAUUGGCUGAUGCCAGGUGGGCGGCCAAAGCAAAGUACAUUGAGACUCCCAAGCCAACAGCGACACCUUUGCUGCGUGGUGAUCCAGCCAUCGACAGAGCGAAUGCUAAAUCCGCCCCGGGACACUCGCCUCAACCGGAGAAGACGAAGAGUGCUGUUGAGAGCCCAGCACCUAUCCAGCCUUUGAAAAAGGUGAAAGAGACGGGAGCCAAUCCCGGAGCUACCUUCCAGCCCGAAGCCUGGGUUCCUGGACGUGCAAAGAGAUGA